AUGCAAGGUUUCUUCCGUUCAGUCAGCGACGGUGACUUCGGUCCUGAGGCAGCAUCAAAGGCACAGCCGACUACGGGCGAGGAAAGCCUCUACGCGGACAAAACACUUCGCAAAGGAACCGAGAAAGUCGUCCUCAUUACGCUCUGCGCGUCAUCUACGCUGGCACUCGUUGCGCUUGUACUAGGGACAGCACAGUUCUCUACCAUCUGCGAUCUCCCCCUGGUGAAAUGGAAUCUCGGAAACGCUGUAUAUGUCAGUGUUCCAUUGCCAAAAAAAAUUUCGUCAAGGAUCCUGUCUCUACUCAGUGCAGCGUCCGUGGCAGCACUGUAUUACGGCCCGGCUGUGAUGACUAUUAUUUCCAGACUCGUCCGGACCGCUGACUUCGCGGAGGUUACCCAACAUGGAACCCCGGCUCUAAUGAUCUUCUUAAGUCUUCUUCUACUGUGA